AGUGUUAGACACUUCUGAACCUGCAUUUUCAUCUGGAACUCCAGAGGGCAGAAUCCCCUGCUAAAUAAAUCGCAGCCAUGAGUUCGGACGCUGAGAUGGCUGUUUUUGGUGAAGCCGCUCCCUACCUUCGAAAAUCAGAAAAGGAGCGGAUAGCGGCCCAAAACAAGCCCUUUGAUGCUAAAACAUCAGUCUUUGUCGUGGAGCCCAAGGAAGCCUACGUGAAGACCGUCAUACAAAGCAAGGAUGGAGGAAAAGUAACUGUAAAGACAGAAAGUGGAGCAACUCUAACUGUCAGGGAAGACCAAGUCUUCCCUAUGAACCCUCCGAAAUAUGACAAGAUUGAGGACAUGGCCAUGAUGACCCAUCUGCAUGAGCCUGGAGUGCUGUACAACCUCAAAGAGCGCUAUGCAGCCUGGAUGAUCUAUACCUACUCGGGCCUCUUCUGUGUCACUGUCAACCCUUACAAGUGGCUGCCGGUGUAUAAUGCAGAGGUGGUGUCUGCCUACCGAGGCAAAAAGCGCCAGGAGGCCCCGCCCCACAUCUUCUCCAUUUCUGACAACGCCUAUCAGUUCAUGCUGACUGAUCGCGAGAACCAGUCCAUCCUGAUCACCGGAGAAUCUGGUGCAGGGAAGACUGUGAACACCAAGCGUGUCAUCCAGUACUUUGCAACAAUUGCAGUUACUGGGGAGAAGAAGAAGGAGGAAGCUACUUCUGGCAAAAUGAAGGGGACACUGGAAGAUCAAAUCAUCAGUGCCAACCCCCUGCUGGAGGCCUUUGGCAAUGCCAAGACCGUGAGGAAUGACAACUCUUCUCGCUUUGGUAAAUUCAUUAGAAUCCACUUCGGUACUACAGGGAAGCUGGCUUCUGCUGAUAUUGAAACAUAUCUUCUAGAAAAGUCCAGAGUCACUUUCCAGCUAAAGGCAGAAAGAAGUUACCAUAUUUUUUAUCAGAUUACUUCCAAUAAGAAGCCAGAUCUGAUUGAAAUGCUCCUGAUCACCACGAACCCAUAUGACUAUGCCUUUGUCAGUCAAGGGGAGAUCACAGUCCCCAGCAUUGAUGACCAAGAAGAGCUGAUGGCCACAGAUAGUGCCAUUGACAUCCUGGGCUUUACUCCUGAAGAGAAAGUGUCCAUCUAUAAGCUCACAGGGGCAGUAAUGCACUAUGGGAACAUGAAAUUCAAGCAAAAGCAGCGUGAGGAGCAAGCUGAGCCAGACGGCACUGAAGUUGCUGACAAGGCAGCCUAUCUCCAGAAUCUGAACUCUGCUGACCUGCUCAAAGCCCUCUGCUACCCCAGGGUCAAGGUCGGCAAUGAAUAUGUCACCAAAGGCCAGACUGUACAGCAGGUGUACAACUCCGUGGGUGCUCUGGCCAAAGCCGUCUACGAGAAGAUGUUCCUGUGGAUGGUCACCCGCAUCAACCAGCAGCUGGACACCAAGCAGCCCAGGCAGUACUUCAUCGGGGUCUUGGACAUCGCUGGCUUUGAGAUCUUUGAUUAUAACAGCCUGGAGCAGCUGUGCAUCAACUUCACCAACGAGAAACUGCAACAGUUUUUCAACCACCACAUGUUCGUGCUGGAGCAGGAGGAGUACAAGAAGGAAGGCAUCGAGUGGACGUUCAUCGACUUCGGGAUGGACCUGGCUGCCUGCAUUGAGCUCAUCGAGAAGCCACUAGGCAUCUUCUCCAUCCUGGAGGAGGAGUGCAUGUUCCCCAAGGCCACAGACGCCUCCUUCAAGAACAAGCUGUAUGACCAGCACCUGGGAAAGUCUGCCAACUUCCAGAAGCCCAAGGUUGUCAAAGGCAAGGCUGAGGCCCACUUCUCGCUGGUGCACUACGCGGGCACCGUGGACUACAACAUUGCCGGCUGGCUGGACAAGAACAAGGACCCCCUGAAUGAGACCGUGGUCGGGCUGUACCAGAAGUCUUCAAUGAAGACUCUGGCCAGUCUCUUUUCCACAUACGCUGGUACAGAAGCAGACACUGGUGCAAAGAAAGGUGCUAAGAAGAAAGGCUCUUCUUUCCAGACUGUCUCAGCUCUUUUUAGGGAAAAUUUAAAUAAAUUGAUGACCAAUCUGAGGAGCACACACCCUCACUUCGUACGGUGUAUCAUUCCCAAUGAAACCAAAACCCCUGGGGCCAUGGAGCAUGAACUUGUCCUGCACCAGCUGAGGUGCAAUGGUGUGCUGGAAGGCAUCCGCAUCUGCAGGAAGGGAUUCCCAAGCAGAAUCUUAUAUGGGGACUUUAAACAAAGAUACAAAGUUUUAAAUGCAAGCGCUAUUCCAGACGGACAGUUCAUUGACAGCAAGAAGGCUUCUGAGAAACUUCUAGGGUCCAUUGACAUUGAUCACACCCAAUAUAAAUUUGGACAUACAAAGGUUUUCUUCAAAGCUGGCCUUCUGGGUCUUCUGGAAGAAAUGAGAGAUGACAAAUUGGCCCAGAUUAUAACAAGAACUCAAGCCGUCUGUAGGGGAUUCCUAAUGAGGGUAGAAUAUCAGAAGAUGUUACAAAGGAGCUCCCUUCCCUUCCCAAGAUUUAGCUCAAUGAAUUUAUCUGGGUACUUGACCUACACUACCAGGGAAGCAGACAGCUUAGCUGAUGCAGAGGAAAGGUGUGAGCAACUGAUUAAAAACAAAAUCCAGCUUGAAGCCAAAAUCAAAGAGGUGACUGAGAGAGCCGAGGAUGAGGAAGAGAUCAAUGCUGAGCUGACGGCCAAGAAGAGGAAACUGGAGGACGAAUGUUCAGAACUGAAGAAAGACAUUGAUGACCUUGAGCUGACACUGGCCAAGGUUGAAAAGGAAAAGCAUGCCACUGAGAACAAGGUGAAAAACCUCACAGAAGAGAUGGCAGGCCUGGAUGAAAUCAUAGCUAAGCUGACCAAGGAGAAGAAGGCCCUCCAAGAGGCCCACCAGCAGACGCUGGAUGACCUGCAGGCAGAAGAGGACAAAGUCAACACCCUGACCAAAGCUAAAACCAAGCUAGAGCAGCAAGUGGAUGAUCUUGAAGGGUCUCUGGAGCAAGAAAAGAAACUUCGAAUGGAUCUAGAAAGAGCAAAGAGGAAACUGGAGGGUGAUCUAAAAUUGGCCCAAGAAUCCACAAUGGAUACAGAAAAUGACAAACAGCAACUUGAUGAGAAGCUUAAAAAGAAAGAAUUUGAAAUCAGCAAUCUGCUAAGCAAAAUUGAAGAUGAGCAAGCAGUAGAAAUUCAACUCCAGAAAAAGAUCAAAGAGUUGCAGGCCCGUACUGAGGAGCUGGAGGAGGAAAUCGAGGCAGAGCGGGCCUCUCGGGCCAAAGCAGAGAAGCAGCGCUCGGACCUCUCCCGGGAGCUGGAGGAGAUCAGCGAGCGGCUGGAGGAAGCUGGUGGGGCAACUUCAGCCCAGGUUGAGAUGAACAAGAAGCGGGAGGCCGAGUUCCAGAAAAUGCGCAGGGACCUGGAGGAGGCCACCCUGCAGCACGAAGCCACGGCGGCUGCUCUGAGGAAGAAGCAUGCAGACAGUGUGGCUGAACUUGGGGAGCAGAUAGACAACCUGCAGAGGGUCAAGCAGAAGCUGGAGAAGGAGAAGAGCGAGAUGAAGAUGGAGAUUGAUGACCUCGCUAGUAACGUAGAAAUAGUCUCUAAAGCCAAGGGAAACCUUGAAAAGAUGUGCCGCACACUGGAAGAUCAACUGAGUGAACUGAAGACUAAGGAAGAAGAGCAGCAGCGGCUGAUCAACGACCUGACGGCUCAGAGAGCUCGCCUGCAGACGGAAUCAGGUGAAUAUUCUCGACAAUUAGAUGAGAAAGAUGCUUUAGUCUCUCAGCUUUCAAGGAGCAAACAAGCAUCUAGUCAGCAGAUUGAAGACAUGAAACGUCAGCUAGAAGAAGAAACUAAAGCCAAGAACGCCCUGGCCCAUGCCCUGCAGUCCUCCCGCCACGACUGUGACCUGCUGCGGGAACAGUAUGAGGAGGAGCAGGAAGCCAAGGCCGAGCUGCAGAGGGCGCUGUCCAAGGCCAACAGCGAGGUUGCCCAGUGGAGGACCAAGUACGAGACGGACGCCAUCCAGCGCACGGAGGAGCUGGAGGAGGCCAAGAAGAAGCUGGCCCAGCGUCUGCAGGAAGCUGAGGAGCAUGUAGAAGCCGUGAACGCCAAGUGUGCCUCCCUUGAGAAGACGAAGCAGAGGCUCCAGAAUGAAGUGGAGGACCUCAUGCUUGAUGUGGAGAGGUCUAAUGCUGCCUGCGCAGCCCUGGACAAGAAGCAGAGGAACUUUGACAAGAUCUUAUCAGAAUGGAAACAGAAGCAGGAGGAAACUCAGGCUGAAUUUGAGGCCUCCCAGAAGGAGUCCCGUUCUCUCAGCACUGAGCUGUUCAAGAUCAAGAAUGCCUACGAGGAAUCCCUGGAUCAACUUGAAACACUAAAGAGAGAGAAUAAGAACUUGCAGCAGGAGAUUUCUGACCUCACUGAGCAGAUUGCUGAGGGUGGGAAGCAUAUCCAUGAAUUGGAGAAAAUAAAGAAGCAAGUGGAACAAGAGAAAUGUGAUAUUCAGGCUGCCUUAGAGGAAGCAGAGGCAUCUCUUGAACACGAAGAGGGAAAGAUCCUACGCAUCCAGCUGGAGUUGAACCAAGUCAAGUCUGAAAUUGACAGGAAAAUUGCUGAAAAGGAUGAGGAAAUUGACCAGCUCAAGAGAAACCACGUUAGAGUGGUGGAGUCGAUGCAGGUAGCAGGAUCAGGAUGCUCUGCCAGUGUGGCAGAUGAAGACAGUGCUCUGAGAGUCAAAAAGAAGAUGGAGGGAGAUCUCAAUGAGAUGGAAAUCCAGCUGAACCAUGCCAACCGUUUGGCUGCAGAGAGCUUGAGGAACUACAGGAACACUCAAGGGAUCCUGAAGGACACCCAGCUACACCUGGAUGAUGCUCUCCGGGGCCAGGAGGACCUGAAGGAGCAGCUGGCUAUGGUUGAGCGCAGAGCCAACCUGCUGCAGGCCGAGGUGGAGGAGCUGCGGGCAUCUCUGGAGCAGACAGAGAGGGGCAGGAAAAUCGCAGAACAGGAGCUGCUGGAUGCCAGUGAGCGUGUCCAGCUCCUGCACACCCAGAACACCAGCCUGAUCAACACCAAGAAGAAAUUAGAAAAUGAUGUUUCACAACUCCAGAGUGAAGUGGAAGAAGUCAUUCAAGAAUCACGCAAUGCAGAAGAGAAGGCCAAGAAAGCCAUCACUGAUGCGGCCAUGAUGGCCGAGGAGCUGAAGAAGGAGCAGGACACCAGCGCCCACCUGGAGCGGAUGAAGAAGAACCUGGAGCAGACGGUGAAGGACCUUCAGCACCGUCUGGAUGAGGCUGAGCAGCUGGCCCUGAAGGGCGGGAAGAAGCAGAUCCAGAAGCUGGAGGCCAGAGUACGUGAGCUUGAAGGAGAAGUUGAAAAUGAACAGAAACGCAAUGCUGAGGCUGUUAAAGGUUUGCGGAAACAUGAGAGAAGAGUAAAGGAACUUUCCUACCAGACUGAGGAGGACCGCAAGAAUGUUCUCAGGCUGCAGGACUUGGUAGACAAAUUACAGGCGAAGGUGAAAUCCUAUAAGAGACAAGCUGAGGAAGCUGAGGAACAAUCCAACGCUAACCUUGCUAAAUUCCGCAAGCUCCAGCACGAGCUGGAGGAGGCCGAGGAGCGGGCUGACAUCGCCGAGUCCCAGGUCAACAAGCUGCGGGUGAAGAGCCGCGAGGUUCACACAAGAGUCAUAAGUGAAGAGUGAUCCCUGAUGCUAUGGAAUGACUGAAGAGAGGCACAAAAUGUGCUAUUUUUGGUCACUUAUUUUAUGAUGUUUAUUUUCCCCUUAAUGUUGAGUAAAUAAAAAGUACAGUAAACUUAUAAAUUAAA